GCGGUUUCCGGUUCUCCUCGCGCGCCUCGCGCGAUUGGAAGAGCUCGUGUCUGUGUGGUUUGCCGUGGUAUCUCAUCGUUGCCACGAGCAGACCCAGCGAUCGCCAUGUCUGGCUCGUCGUAAUCUCGGUAAUCUGUCGUUUUGCGUGUGCAGCGCCUUCCAGAGACCUUGUAUCCCCGCCAAGCUUGAAGUGCCCUUAGGCGGCCCCAUCCGCCGGCCGGUGUGCACACAAACGCCCACGCCCCCCUUCACGUUACGUUUGUCAACCAUGACAUCGUACAUGGACGUUGACGUUCCACGCAUUGAGGACCUACUGGGACACGAUCCUUACCUCAAGAAUCACGAAAACGAGAUCAGGCGAAGGUAUAAGUGCUUUCAAGAGCAGCUGCUGAAGAUAGAGAACACUGAAGGGCUGCUGCAGUUUUGUAAAAGUUAUGAAAAGUAUGGAGUGCAUCGCCUGCCAGACAACUCAGUACAUUUUCUCGAAUGGGCGCCAGGUGCCGAAUCCGUAUUCCUACGUGGAGACUUCAAUGCAUGGGAGAGGCUGACACAUCCCUUCAAGAAGCUUCCCUAUGGCAAAUGGGAACUGACCUUGCCCCCAAAUCCCGAUGGCUCCUGCCAAGUCGCCCACCUUGACAGAAUCAAGAUUGUCAUUCUCAACAAAGCUACAGGGGAGCUUGCAGAUAGGAACAGCCCGUGGGCCACUUACGUUGCUCGUGAUCAAAAUGCCCCCUUAUAUGGGCAGCGCUUCUGGGACCCCCCGGAGGAAGAGCGCUACAAGUUCAAGCAUCCCAAGGUUCCACUGCCCAAGAGCCUCCGCAUUUAUGAAUGCCACAUUGGCAUUGCAUCUGAGGACUACUGGGUUGCUAAUUAUGCAAAUUUCAAGGACAAUGUUCUUCCUCGAAUCAAGCACCAAGGUUACAAUGCGAUUCAAAUCAUGGCCAUCAUGGAACAUGCAUAUUAUGCAAGUUUUGGCUAUCAAGUGACGUCAUUUUUUGCAGCAUCCAGUCGGUACGGCACUCCAGAAGAGCUGAAAGCGCUUGUGGACCGUGCGCACGAGAUGGGAAUUUACGUGCUGCUGGACGUGGUGCACAGCCACGCGUCCAAGAAUGUCUUGGAUGGCCUGAACCAAUUCGAUGGCACCAACAGCUGCUUCUUCCACGAUGGAGGUCGUGGAACGCACCCACUCUGGGACAGCCGGCUCUUCGACUACACACAAAUGGAAACGCUGCGCUUCCUGCUCUCCAAUUGCUAUUGGUACCUACAGGAGUACCAGUUCGAUGGCUUCCGCUUUGACGGUGUUACUUCAAUGCUGUACCAUUCGCACGGCAUGGGACAUGGCUUUAGUGGGGACUACAACGAGUACUUUGGUUUCAACACGGACACAGAAUCGCUUGUCUACCUCAUGCUGGCUAACUACAUGAUUCACAAGUUCUUCCCCAAUGCCAUCACCAUUGCAGAGGAUGUAUCUGGCAUGCCAGGUUUGUGCCGACCCGUGGACGAAGGAGGCAAUGGCUUCGACUUCCGCCUAGGAAUGGCGAUUCCUGACAUGUGGAUCAAGCUCCUGAAGGAGCAGAAGGAUGAGGACUGGAACAUGGGGAACAUUGUGCACACGCUGAGCAAUCGCCGGUGGAAGGAGAAGACGGUUGCCUAUGCGGAGUCUCACGACCAGGCUCUUGUCGGGGACAAGACAUUGGCCUUCUGGUUGAUGGACAAGGAGAUGUACACCAAUAUGUCUGUGCUGACGGAGCUCACUCCCAUCAUUGACCGCGGCCUCGCCCUGCACAAGAUUAUCCGCAUGAUAACUCACGGCCUCGGCGGGGAAGCGUGGCUCAACUUCAUUGGGAAUGAGUUUGGUCAUCCCGAGUGGCUGGACUUCCCACGUGUUGGCAACAACGAGAGCUACCACCAUGCCCGGAGACAGUGGCACCUCGUAGAUGACGACCUGUUGCGCUACAGGUUCCUCAACAACUUCGACCGUGCCCUCAACGAGACCGAGGAGAAGUACCACUGGCUUCCUGCACCACCAGGCUAUGUAAGCUGGAAACACGAAGAUGACAAGGUGAUUGCUUUCGAGAGGGCUGGCGUUCUCUUCGUGCUCAACUUUCAUCCUUUCAAGAGUUUCUCGGACUAUGAAGUUGGCAUUGAGACACCUGGAAAGUACAAGGUUGUUUUGGACUCUGAUGCCGAGGAGUUCGGAGGUCACAAGCGCAUUGAUCGAGGAGUGGACGUCUUCACAUUUGACAAGCCAUAUGCCGGACGAAGGAACUCCAUCAAAACAUACAUUCCCAGCAGAGUGGGAAUCAUCUUUGCACGGGUAGACUGAUUGAUGCUCACUGGAUGCGUGUGGCAAAUAGUGCGACAUAUUGCAACUAGGCUUGCGGACUCAUCUGCGCUGCGAUCACAAUAAAUAGUACCUGUGAAUAGUGA